AUGCCUACCACCAUAUCCAGCAGCUGCGCGAGUGGCAGCGCCGCCUCUGCAACGAGGGCCGCAACAUCGAGCGCCAGAUCCGAGGUUCCCCUCCCCUCCCUCCCCGAUUCGAUCCAAUCUAGGGCUCUAGGCCUUCAACUGGUUGCUGAUUUUUGGUUUUGGGGCCGGUGCGCAGACGUGCAGAAGGAGGAGAAGAAGGUGGAGAAGGCCAUCCGGGCCGCCGCCAAGGCGCUGGCCAAGGAGCUGGUGCAGUCCAGGAAGGCGGUCAACCACCUCUACGAGAACAAGGCCCAGCUCAACUCCAUCUCCAUGCACCUCGGCAAGAUCGAUGCUGCGAUCAACAGCCUGAACAACAAGACCCACAUGAAGAUCCUGCUGAAGUGGAUGUGGGGCAGGAGGAUCUUCAAGCUCUUGUGCACGUAG